UGUUGCUGCGCCGCCACCGCCCGAACCAUGGUCCGUGCUCCACUCGGGCUCUCUUAGCAGCCGCAGCCGCCGCCGCCGCCCUGUGAUCGCUGGCUUCACUUCCUCCUUUUCUUCUUGCUGAGCCACUUUCCUCCUAGAGCUAUGACCGUCGUCUCCGUCCCGCAGCGGGAGCCACUUGUCCUGGGCGGCCGCCUUGCGCCCCUGGGCUUUUCCGCCCGCGGUUACUUCGGGGCCCUCCCGAUGGUGACCACGGCCCCGCCGCCUUUACCCCGAAUCCCGGACCCCCGGGCACUGCCCCCCACCCUUUUCCUCCCUCACUUCCUAGGGGGAGACGGUCCCUGUCUGACCCCGCAACCUCGCGCCCCUGCACCUCUGUCCAACUGUAGUCUAGCUACGGCGGGAGGCACCCCUCGGGCAGCGCCGAAGAAGCGGCGAAAGAAGAGGGUGCGGGCCAGCCCGGCAGGGCAGCUCCCCAGCCGCUUCCAUCAGUACCAGCAGCACCGGCCGAGCCUCGAGGGCGGGCGGAGCCCCGCGACGGGCCCGAGCGGAGCGCAGGAAGUCCCGGACCAGGCGGCCAGUUUGGCCCCGGGUCUUGCGGCCGCAACCCAAACUGAGGAAGCGAGCCCUUUCUCUGGCCAGCUGCCGCCAGCGGCGCCCGGCCAACCCUCGUUCAGAAGAGAGGUUUUAAAAUCAAAGAUGGGAAAAUCGGAGAAAAUUGCCAUUCCCCACGGCCAGCUUGUUCAUGGUAUACACUUGUGUGAACAACCAAAGAUAAACAGACAGAAAAGCAAAUAUAACUUACCACUAACCAAGAUCACCUCUGCAAAAAGAAAUGAAAAUAACUUUUGGCAGGAUUCUGUUUCAUCUGAUUUAAUCCAGAAGCAGGAAAAAAAGCCUUUUAAAAAUACUGAGAACAUUAAAAAUAUGCAUUUGAAGAAAUCAGCAUUUCUAACUGAAGUGAACCAAAAGGAAAAUUAUGCUGGGGCAAAAUUUAGUGAUCCACCUUCUCCUAGUGUUCUUCCAAAGCCUCCUAGUCACUGGAUGGGAAGCACUAUUGAAAAUUCCAACCAAAAUAGGGAGUUGAUGGCAGUACACUUAAAAACGCUCCUAAAAGUUCAAACUUAGAUCUCAGAUUGCAGUAUGUCUGUAAAAGUUCUUUCAAAAUCCCUGGAAUCUUGAAAAAAAAAAAUUGG